AUGGAUCUUGGCAAUACGAGUGUGCUCACCGACGAGCAGCUCAUGGAUGGCUAUGAUGACACCCCGUAUCAACAGUUUGUCCUCGUGUUUAUCCCAGAGAGUGACGCUGCGAAUGUGGCUGGUGUUUUGGAUAGCAUUGAUGGGGGUGCUGAUUUUGACUUAGGUGCGGCCGCGCUUGGCCCUGGUGCGUCCCCGUUUGCCCUUGGUUCGACUGAAAAGUCCGUUGACAUCAACCGCUUCCACCGCUCCCUUGCCCACGCUUGCGAGCCUCUAUCGAGAGAAACUGCCCAGCAGAGAGCCAUCGUGCUCACGGGCAAGCUGGAACCGAGCACGGACUGCAUGAGGGCGAAGGGCAGGCGAGGGUCGGUGCCGCGGGGGCCGGGAGCGCGGGCGCCUAAGCCACUCGGGCGUGUUCACCUGGACCUGUGUGGACCGCUGGUGCCUUCUCUGGGCGGCAACCUCUACCUGUUCGUCGCCGUGGACAGCGCCUCGCGGCUGCUGGCGGACGUGGGGCGGUACGACCUCGGGCGCAUCGAGUGUUUCCGCGUCGACAACGGCACCGAGUGGACCCGCGGCGACUUUCGGCGUUUCUGCGACGACAACGGCAUCGGCAUCGAGUCCACCCCGCCUGGCGUCCCGCAGUACAACGGCGUCGUCGAAAGCGCCAUCUGGCGCGUCAUGAAGGCCGGCAUGGCCGCCCGCCGCAGCGCUGGCCGUGUGUUCAACGUCGACUUCGUCUUCAUCCCCGGCCUCGACGAGCGCAGUGACCGUCUUUGGAUGGAAUCGGCGAAAUGGGCCGCCGACGCUCUCAACCAGUCGGCGACCAAGGCCAACCCCGGGCGGCGCUCGCCGCACGAGAUGUUCACCGGCGAGCAGGGGCCGUUUCGCCUCGACGACCUCUGCUACUACCUGAACGGCGGCGACAACCACCCGAGCGGCACCGUCAAGGUCCUCAAGGCGUCCACCGGCCGCGUCGUCUACAUCAACAACGUAUCGAGGGUAACGUCGGCGCCAGCCGGCGAGGAGUUCCGCUGGUAUCACGGCUGCGCCGACGCCCCUCCCGUUCGUGCCGCCGGUCGUCCCGAUCAACUUUGGCCCAGCACCGAUGCCUUCGACCGCCGCACCGCCGCCGCCAGCGCCCACGCCGUCGCCCGCUCCUGCUCCCGCUGCCGCUUCGCCCCCUGCCGCUGCCGCAACGCCGCCGCCAGCGACCACGCCGCCGCCCGCUCCCACGCCUUCACAGCCGCCCUCUGCCGCUUCGUCGUCACCGUCGGCGACCCCCGAUCCAGACCAGCCGCCGCCGUCGCCGGAUCCCGCGAUGCCCCCGGUUACGGCUCACGCCAUGCGGCAGCUUCGCCCGGCACAGGACUCAUCUCGAUGCUAGACAAGAACACUCUGGUGUCGAUGCUGGAGGCUCGGAGCGCGGUGGAUGAGGAGCGCAGGGAGCUGCGGGGGGCGGAGAGCGGAGAGCCCGGGAGAGCGGGGGGCGGAGAGCAGGCGGGAGCACUCGCAGCGGUGGACCCGGGGGCUGGAGGAGCGGGCUUUCCACUUGCAUUUGCCACGCUCCUCGCCAACCGGGAAGACAUCGACGCCACGCUGCGAGACCAGCGCCCGCCGGAGCAAGGCCCUGACCUUCAGCACUGCCAGGCCAGCGACCUUCGUAGAGAGUACAUUGACUUUGGAGAGUUGUACGCGCCUACCGUUUCUGUUUCAUGUGUUAGGAUGUUGGCUGCUUUGGAGUGCGAGUUGAACCUCGAUUUGUGUCAUUUCGAUAUUAAGCAAGCUUUUGUGCGUUCGGAGUUGGAGGGAGAUGAGUACAUGCGUUUGCCGCAGGGAUGUGGAGCUCUUUCUCGAAUAAUUGAAAAACCAGAGUCUGUAGACUAUGGCUUGAGACAGGCAUCUAGGCAGUGGCAUGCAAUGCUGAAGAGACUUUCACGGAUGGAUGAGCUAGCAGUAGAGUAUGGAGUAGUGGGAGGAUCUUUGAUGUGGCUGGCGACUCAGACUAGGCCAGACAUAGCAAGGGCAGUAGCUGGGUAUUGCGCAUGUCCGAAGCUGGUACACUGGAAUGCAGCGAUGGAUAUUUUAGGCUUUGCGAGGAGGACGAGUCACUUUGGUAUUUCGUUUCAGAAAGGUGCGAUAAAUGGUUUCAGUUUGCAGGGGUACGCUGAUGCGAACUUUGUAAGCAAGGCAGCAGACCGUAGGUCGGUAUCAGGGGGGAUCGUCACGUGUGGAGGAGGCGCUGUGUCUUGGUUUUCCAGAACGCAGAAGUGUGUUACGCUUUCGACGACAGAAGCAGAGUACGUCGCGCUUGGUGACGUAGUGAAGGAGAUCUUAUUUUUGAGGCAGAUUUGGCGUUUCAUGUUGCCGCAGGUCGGCAUGCCGUGUAUCCCAGUCUUCGAGGGCAACUAGGGGGCGAUUCAACUAGCGCAGAACCCCAUCUCAAACUCGAACUCGAAGCACAUAGAUGGCAUCAUUUUCU